GGACCGUCUGGAAUUCCAAAUCGGCAGACGGCGGUCAGUACUGAACAAUGACAUCAUCACAUCUGUCGACUGUAAAAUGAUUUCCUGAAUCCGCUUACGGGCGAUCUGUGAUUCUUCUCUUCUCCCGCGUGGUCACUGGGCUUUCGCUUCUCUAUCGACGCCCGGAGAAGUACUUUGACGGCAUACCUAGGGUUUUACAGACCUGCUACAUGGCUUCUCAUCCCCAUCUCGACGAUGAUGACGAUUUUGGAGGAGAUUUUCCCGGGAGUCAUAGUGGCAGACGUGCAGGCAAUAAGAGAAGUUUUGGGGAUCUUGAAGAUGACGAAGAUGAUUUCUUUGGCUCCAAGAAGGGUAACUCAAAACUUGAAGAAACUGCCCCUGGUGUGGCAACAGGAAUGAUUUUGUCUCUUCGAGAAAGUCUUCAAAACUGUAAGGAUACACUUGCAGCAUGCCAAAUAGAACUUGAGUCUGCAAAAUCUGAGAUUCAGAAGUGGCAUUCUUCGUUUCAGAAUGAGUCCUUCAUACCUGCUGGCACAUCUCCUGAACCUAAAUUGGUGGUCAGUUAUCUUCAGACCCUGAAAUCAUCCGAGGAGUCAUUGAAAGAACAGCUAGAGAAGGCAAAGAAAAAGGAAGCUGCAUUCAUUGUCACAUUUGCAAAACGGGAGCAGGAGAUAGCAGAGUUGAAGUCUGCAGUCCGGGAUCUGAAAGCGCAAUUGAAGCCACCAUCAAUGCAGGCAAGGAGGCUAUUACUAGAUCCAGCAAUUCAUGAAGAGUUUACUCGUUUAAAGAAUUUGGUUGAGGAGAAGGACAAGAAAGUAAAGGAGUUGCAGGAUAAUGUAGCUGCAGUCAACUUUACUCCCCAAAGUAAAAUGGGGAAAAUGUUAAUGGCCAAGUGUAGGACCCUGCAGGAGGAAAAUGAAGAAAUUGGAAAUCAAGCUUCUGAAGGCAAGAUGCAUGAAUUAGCAAUGAAACUUGCAUUACAGAAAUCUCAAAAUGCAGAACUCAGAAAUCAAUUUGAAGGGCUCUAUAAACAUGUGGAUGGACUAACAAGUGAUGUGGAAAAAUCAAACGAAAUGGUGCUGAUAUUACAGGAGCAGCUAGAAGGGAGGGAUUCUGAGAUCAGAAGACUGAAGCAUGAGCUUCAACAGAAGAGCGCAAGUGAAGAGGAGAAAACAGAUUCAGCUUCCAAUAAGAAAGUUAGUGAUGAAGCUAUGGUGUCUGCUGAAGCUGGGAACUGAAGUUUUAACUGUAUCUACUGGACUGUAUUUUUUCUUCUGUACAUUAACUAUUAAUUUUGAGAAUUAUUUUAAACUUUUUUUAGUGGGUUAAUAUUAGAAACUGUUGCAGGUGAGGAUAAGGACGCCUCUCGUUCUUGUUACAGAGGUUUCCAUCCUCUUCUUAACUAGGGAAUUAAAAAAGAAAAAAUAAAAAUGUGUUUCUGUCCGUUGGAAA